AGAAGACGAGCAGCAAGCUGUGAAAGAGGACUCAUUCUUCAUUGAUUUCCCAACACCAUCUUCGAAAUUCUCCCACUUCUCUGUAACUGUGGCUUGGGAUCGAUCUGAAGCAGCAAGCUCGAUGACCAUGGAGCCCAGGAAAAGCAAGAAGAUCAAAAUCCUGAUGCUGCCAUGGCUAGGCCACGGCCAUGUCACCCCAUUCGUGGAGCUCGCUAAGAAGCUCUCCCGGAGGGACUUGCAGAUCUACUUCUGCUCCACGCCGGUGAUUCUCGGCUCCCUCAAGAAGAAGAAAAAGUUCUCCAGCGACGAUGAUUCAAUCGAGUUCGUCGAAUUCCACCUUCCGUCCUCGCCGGAGCUUCCGCCGGACCGCCACACCACCAAUGGCCUCCCCUCCCACCUCAUGCCCAGCCUCAAGAAGGCCUUCGACAUGGCCGGGCCGAGCUUCUCCGUCAUAUUGGAAACCCUGAAACCAGACCUCAUAAUCCAAGACUACAACCAGCUGCCAGCCACCGCCGUUAAGUAUGAUAUUCCGACUGUCCGGUUCAUCUCCACCGGAGCAACGGUGGGCGCCUUCUUCGUCCACCGGAUCCAGAAACCGGACGUUGAGUUCCCGUUCCCGGAGAUCCGGCUCGGUGAGUUCCAUGAGAAGCAGUUUCAGGACAUGAUCAGGCCUUUUACGAAUGGACGCGCCAGAGACUCUUCUCCCGUGGCUUUAAAAACCACCACUUUGUUCAACACUUUCAGAGAGCUAGAGGGAAAGGGCUUUGAUUAUCUGAAGGAAUUGUCCGAGAAGAAUGUUAAUUACUUUGCCGUGGGUCCACUGGUUCGAGACGCCGGCGACGAGGAAGACGACGACCGUACGACCCAGACCCUGCAAUGGCUCGACAAAAAGGAGAACUCCUCAACCGUGUUCGUUUCAUUCGGGAGCGAGUACUUCCUCUCCAAGGACGAUAUGGAAGAGAUAGCUCACGGGCUGGACCUCAGCACGGCGAACUUCAUAUGGGUCGUCAGGUUUCCGGCGGGCCAGAGAGUUAGCGUUUCGGAAGCGCUGCCGGAAGGGUUCUGCGAGAGAGUCGGAGAGAGAGGCUUGGUUAUGGAGGAUUGGGCGCCGCAGGCGAGGAUUCUGGCCCAUUCGAGCACCGGCGGGUUCGUGAGCCACUGCGGGUGGAAUUCCAUACUGGAGAGCUUGAAGUUUGGUGCUCCAAUGGUGGCCAUUCCGAUGCAUCUCGACCAGCCGAUGAACGCUCGGCUAGUGGAGGGGGCCGGCGUGGCGGUGGAGGUGAAGAGAAGCGGCGAUGGGAGGCUGAGCAGGGAGGAGAUUGCAGAGGCGAUAAGGAAGGUGGUGAAGGAGAACGAUGGAGAAGAAAUUAGGGUUAAAGCAAGAGAAUUUAGAGAUAAGAUUAGAGUGAUGGGGGAAGAAGAGGUUGAUAUGGCAGUUGAAGAAUUCGUGCACCUCUGCAUCAACAACAAAUCUUAACCCGAAUACGAUACCCGAACUCGAGACCGUUCCGUAACCCGAACACGAUACUCUUUUAACUUUAAGAUCUAUUUUAAUAAUUUUUUUAUUAGGAGAUUAUUAUUUUUCUUUUUUACGAAUGAGACGACACAAUUUUAUUUUAAAAUUUAUUUUCAUUGUCCA